AGCAAGUGGACGAGCAGAUGCAUGAACGAGACAAUGUGCAACGGGAAGAAGAAACAAUACAAGAGGGCGAAACAACAGCGACCAAGGACACUGAACAGCAUGAAAAAGAACAUAAUGAUCUAGAGGAACAAUCACAACAGAAGAGGGAACUUGGACUCCGAUGGUUUUAACGGAAAAUGUGCAAAGUGCUUUGGAAGAUGGGGAACAAAAUGAUCAAGUGAAUAAUGGACUGAUGGAUAUACAACAGGAUGGAGUUGUAAUAGAUUUCGACGAACAACCGGCUAGAAUGGAAAGUGAAGAGGGGGAACAAAAGGAAGACAAACAAGCGAAAUCAUCGAAAAGAAGAAGGCCAAUAAAGAGCUCAAUCAGAGUACAGCGCAACUGUCAGGGUCAAGAUGACGCAAAUGGGGCUUUACUCAAAGUUCCCUGCAGAAGAGGCCAUGCUGACAGAUUUUAAGCGCUACCUGAUCAACACCCUGCAGGUCCCAAACUGCCAGCAGGAGGUAGACAACGUCUCCAGGAUGCUGAGGUACAUCCAGCCAAGUGGGGAUGAAGUCAGCUUGGACUUCCUGCUAAAGUCCACUGAGACCAAAGACUACCUCACCCAACUCCGGCGCGCUGACAUGGUCCCAGCCACCAUUUUGAACUACAUAAAGAACAUGAUCCGGUUUGUUCAGUAUUUGAAGACCCACCUGAACUUGGCUGCAGCAGAUCCGGACUUCUACAGGAAGUGCCAAGCCUACCUCGACCUCCUCGCUUCCAUCAGAAAGCCAGUGGCCAAGUCACACAGCAAGGUCACCUGUAAAACAAGGUAUGAACGGUUCCAAGAGGGUGAGAAGAGCCUUCAGGAGUGCCAGGCAGUCCUCCGGAAGGCCAAAAAAGACAUGCUGUCCAUUUAUGGGAGGCUGCUGGAAGGUGACCACGUGGCUUCAGAGGAAAAGACGAUGUUCCGGUACUUCUGUGAAGCAAUUCUGAUCCUCGGUCACUUCCAGAGACCAGGAGCGGUGGAGGGAGUAACAGUAAGUGUUAAGACCUCAGUUUUCAUGGGGGCAUAA